AUGAACACUCCCCCUGAUGGUGGGAAAUUGUGCUCGAGCUCUACAGUGGUUUCCCAGGCAGAGACGCAGUUUGUCAGAGCGCAGCGCAGCGAGCGCACAGAGGAGCGCGCAGCUCCAGACGCACCUGAGUCAGUCCGUCAGUCAGUGCGCCAUCCUCCACCUGCUCCGGGCGUCACGCACUCCUCCGCCACAUCUGCCACGUCGCCUGUGGUGAGGACACACGGACUAACGCGACCUCCUCCGCCCGUGGAGAGAAUGGUUGCUUCGGGAGUCGCGUGUGCACGCCGCGCGUACAACUGUGACCCUCGGAACAAGCGGCGACUUUGAGACGCUUCUCCGCAAACUAUAGACUGCAACUGCUAAUGGAGCCUCAGUAGUUACUGAACCGCCGCCGCGAUGUCCCGGAGCAACAGCGUGGAAAACUUGGAGACACGCUGAAUGUGGGAAGGUGCGCGCGAUCAGGCUGGAGCUGAUGGACACGAGUUCACCAAGUCACGGGAGAUGUGCAGUCUUGCUGAACAGGUGACCAGCUUCAAGUUAUCCUGCCGCCCUGCGAAGUACCCACGACCGUCGCCAUUUAAGGGACACGCUCCCCCAUCAGAGUAGCAGGGAUGUACCAGGAAGUGGCCUUCUUGGCAGGCAGCACUGAGCACCAGUUCACCAGCUUCCGCUUCAACCAUGUCAAGAACCCAAAGGAGGUCACCUCCAAGAAGGGUGUGUUCUACAAGCGAGCCCAGCUCCUGCCACACCCGCAGCCACGCCAACAGGACGGAGACGAGAUCGACCUGGCCGACGGCUCCGCCAUCAUCAACGUGGGCGGAAUCAAAUACCGCAUCCCAUGGUCGACGCUGGAGGAGUUUCCGUUAUCGAGGCUGGGGAAACUGCGCAGCUGCAGCAACGAGGCCGAGAUCAUGGACGUGUGCGACGACUACGACUGCAGCCGCAAUGAGUACUUCUUCGACCGGAGCCCGUCGGCGUUUCGCACCAUCGUCACUUUCUUGGCUGCGGGGAAGCUGCGGCUCCUGAGGGAGAUGUGCGCCAUGUCCUUCCAGGAGGAGCUGCUCUACUGGGGCGUGGAGGAGAACAGCUUGGACUGGUGCUGCCUCAGGAAGCUGCGGCUUAGGCAGGAGGAGUACAAGGAGCAGCAGAGGCUGGAGGAGGAGGAGGCCGAGCUCACCUCGCCGCAAUCCUGCGAGGAGAGCCAGCAGCUGACGGAGACAUCGGCACAGGAGGAGACGCAACCGGGGGGCUGCAUGCGGAGGCUGAGGGACAUGGUAGAGAACCCCCACUCGGGCAUACCAGGGAAGAUCUUCGCCUGUCUGUCCGUGUUAUUUGUAGCCAUCACUGCGGUGACACUGUGUGUCAGCACCAUGCCUGACCUCAGAGCAGAGGAGGAGAGGGGCGAGUGCUCCCAGCGCUGCUUUAACAUCUUCGUGCUGGAGACGGUCUGCGUGGCCUGGUUCUCCCUGGAGUUCAUGCUGCGCUUCAUUCAGACUCAGAGCAAGUGCAUGUUCCUGCGCACGCCGCUGAACGUCAUCGACGUGGUGGCCAUCCUGCCGUACUACAUCACCCUCAUCGUGGACUCCCUGUCAGUGGGAGGCAAACAGGUGGGGUCGGGGAAUAACUACCUGGAGAAGGUGGGCUUAGUCCUGCGAGUCCUGCGAGCUCUGCGGAUCUUUUACGUGAUGAGGUUGGCGCGGCAUUCCCUGGGCUUGCAGACGCUCGGUCUGACAGUGAGGAGGUGCACGCGUGAGUUCGGCCUCUUGCUGUUGUUCUUGUGCGUGGCCAUGGCCCUUUACUCCCCGCUGGUGUUCCUGGCUGAAAGCGAAAUGGGCGCCAAGCAGGAGUUCACCAGCAUCCCUGGAAGCUACUGGUGGGCGGUCAUCUCCAUGACCACGGUGGGCUACGGCGACAUGGUGCCCAGAAGCAUCCCUGGCCAGGUGGUGGCUCUCAGCAGCAUCCUCAGUGGCAUCCUCCUCAUGGCCUUCCCGGUCACGUCCAUCUUUCACACCUUCUCCCGCUCCUACGUGGAGCUGAAGGAGGAGCAGAGCCGCGCGUCGAGGCAGAAGCCAGACUCUCAGGACAGCACCAAGUCGCAGAACAGCGAGGACUCUCAGGAAACGGACAGCUACCACGGCAUCACGGAGGCCACCGCCUCCUCUGUGCAGCAGAGAAAGUCCUUGGCUGUGAAGAGGGCGGAGAUCAGAGCAUCCAUGCAAACUUAGCUUGCUCUAACUUUCUGCCUCUUUAACUUCAAGUGGCAGCCUGAAGGAUGUGACAGCCAUCUCUGUGAGUUCAAAGAGGAACCAGGAGUUUUUCCUCCUCUGGAGCUGGAGGCGUCGACUUUAAUCAGCUUAUCUGAGUUUCCUGAAUUUUACAAAGGAGGUGUUUUAGACGAUAGCAUUGACUUUCGAAUAUGGACGACAUUAGAAUAAUCCUGAUUAUACAACAAGACAAAGUGAUAAAAAAAAAAAACAUUCCAAGUUCUCAUCACAUUCAGACAUUAGUUCUGUUGUGUUUCUCAUGUAGCUGCAUACGAAAACAUUGUUUUAAAUAAAGAUGUCAGACAUGCAGUGUACUGUUAA